AUGUCGUUUGACCAGCUGCUUGUGCCGCCAUCGCCUGGCGAUGAGCCGCCGCGUGUGAUGGAACUGUACGAGGUGCUGCGCGCGCUGAAAUGGGCGCAGCGCGAUGAGCGCGUGCGUGGCAUCGUUGCCGAUUUUAGCGCGCUGCAUGUCCCUCCGACGGUAGCUCCACAGCGACUGGGGCUUGCGCAAAUGGAAGAGAUUCUGCAGGCGCUUCAUGAAUUCCACGCGGCCAAGCACGAGCAGUUCGGUGCAGAUCAUACCGCCUCGAUUGCAUGGACCGAUACGUUUGAUAACCAAGGAGCGUACCUGCUUGCGAGUGGAUUUGACCGCGUGUACAUGCAGCCGUCUGGGCAGGUACCGCUGGUCGGUCUUUCCUCGCAGAUCCCCUUUUUCAAGCGCUUACUGCACUGGGCCGGCAUCCGAGUUCAUGCCGAAGCGCGCGAAGAGUACAAGUCCAUGGUGAGUCCUUUUAUACAAGAGACGCUGCCGCCUGCACAACUUGCAGAACAUUCCAAGCUGCUUGGCGAGCUGAAUCGAGGAUACGCGUACGCCGUUGGUGUCAGUCGCUUUGCCAACCUUGCGCCUUGUGAGGCCACCGACCGGGUCGCUGCUCUUGCGCACAACGGCCCCUUUACUGCCAAAGAGGCCAAGGACAACGGUUUGAUUGAUGACAUCUGCUACAAGCGCGACAUUCUCAAGCAGCUGUUAACCCCAGAAGAGCUGGAACUAGAGAAAACGGGUGGCAAUGCGCUGCGAAGAUUCAAGACACUGAUGCACUAUGCUCAAACGAGUGAUGAUACCUUUGCGCGCACGCUCAGCAAAGACGAAGUGGUCCGCGUCGGUGUCGUGUAUCUCCUCGGCGGAAUCAGCAACGCAUCGGGUCCUUUUUCCGUCUCUGCUGCGAUCCAAGGCCUUAAGGAAGCCGUGCAGGACCCCGAGAUCAAAACAAUCGUUUUGCGUAUUGACUCUGGCGGCGGCGACGUCGUUGCGAGCGAGACGCUAUGGGAUGCUGUGCGUCGCGUCCGCAGUGAAUUCGGCAAGCCUGUGAUUGCAUCGUUUGGCAACACAGCCGCGAGUGGUGCAUACUACGUCGCGACAGCGACAGAUACCAUUUUUGCCGGGGAGAACACUGUGACCGGCAGUAUUGGCGUGGCAGCGCUGCGCCCCACUAUUACACAUGCGCUGCUCGACCGCCUGCAACUCAACGUUCAAGGGUUCUUCACCGGCUCCUCCGCCCAAAGCACGCUUCAAGAUCUGGAUGCCGAUCAACUUGCGCAUAUGAAAAAAAGCAUCGACGCGACCUAUGCCGAUUUUCUCGACAAGGUCAAGCAAGGUCGUGCGCUAUCGAACGAUGUGCUCCGCGAGGUCGCGGGCGGGCGUGUCAUGACUGGCCUGACAGCAUGGACGCAGUGUGCGAUUGGCGCCGCACAGAGUGGCGCGCCCGGUGCGGCAUUGAGUGCUCAAGGUACGACGCUCCAAGACGCAGCCGCACUCUUGAGCCAAUGGCGCACAGAAAGCAAAACGGGCACGUCGGGAAACGAUGCCAUCUACGUAGAGCGCCAAGGGCCAUUCACGAAUGUGCACUCUCUUCAAGAUGCAGCCCAGGAGGCCCAAGAUGCGGCAAUUCAAGCAGAUCUCGCGCGUAUUUCGCACCAAACCUCGCCGUAUGGCCGCGGAUUGAUCGAUGCCAUCGGCGGCCUGUGGGAUGCAGCGAUGCAUGCGACCAACCUGACGCUCCAGAUGGAGGCCAAGGCACUCCAGGAACAGCACCAAGUGAGCGAGGAAGAAGCCAUGGCGAUGCUGCGCCCGAAAUGCGGGCGUGCAGACAAUCCUACGCACGCCCACGCGCUCACCGCUGACGUACGUCUCGUGCGCUUUCCGGCAGAUGUACCAUUCUGGCAGCGCAUACAGCAGUUUGGCAUCCCGAGAGAGCCUAACCUUGGCACGCUGCUUCGCUCACUCGUAGCGCUCUGGACGUUUUGGAUGCCCAGCGGAGGUCUUGGCAUGGAUGCGAGUUUGCUGCGCGAACUAGAGAAUGUCGGGGGCACCAAGCUCAAGGCCGAGUACCCAUUUGGGACGCAGUUUGUCUAG